AUGCACACACGGCGCUAUGGCCUGACGCCGAGUCCUUCCACCGUGGAGCUGAAGAAGGCUGCAGAAAAGAAUGACUCGAACGCCGUCAAUGGAACCGAGGGCGAGAGCGAGGGAGAUGAAAAGGCCGGGACCGAAGAGCAGCCUCAGACCACGAAUGGAUACAGCAGCAAUACAAGCAUCGAAACGCCGGGAGAUGAGCCUGCCCACAUUCUCUGGAGCUCGAGGAUAACUUCCCGAUGGAAGACCUGGUAUCUGAAGCCGGGCACAUUGCCCGGAUGGGAUGUUGAUAACGAUGGGAGCACCGUCGCCACCUGCGACUUUCAUGUUGAUCCCUUACGUCCAAACUGA